AUGACUGAAACUGCCUUAUUUACAGAUCUUUACGUUGAUGGUGGAUGGACCUCGUGGACUAAUUUCAGCACCUGCAAUGUUCCAAUGGGUCACGGAAUACAAUACCAAACCAGGGAAUGCAGUGAUCCGCAACCAUGCGGGGUCUUAGCGCAGGACUGCCAGGGAGCCAACUACACCGAAAGAAAAUGUGAAGUAUUCCCAUCGUGUUUAGAAGGGUCCGUAUUUGGAGGAAAUUACAUGGCCAAGGCAGACCCUCUGGUAUUGUAUUCAUCGGCCAAUAUAGAAAUUUUGCCGAAAACCCAGAUUAAAUGCCAACUGACAACUUUAAGUAGAAACUGGACUUUGUACCGCUGUGACGAGAAUAUCGACAACGAGACCCUACACUAUGAGUCCGGGACUACAGCGUUCCUAAUACGUCCGGGAGAGUUUCCUUCCGGUCUGUAUCGUCUGUUUGUGAGGAUGGAGUAUUAUCCAGGCUCCUUUGAGUUCGUAGAAGGAUAUAUGUAUUUUAGACUCCAAUUACCUCCCCCUAAUGUCAUCAUUCAGGGUGGGUCAGGGCGAUUGUCGGGUCCUGGAACGACCAAUAUUGAUGCUUGGAGUGGGUCUUAUGAUUUAACUAAGGGGCCGGGUUACCGAGACGGCCUGGAAUUCAUCUGGAAUUGCCUGGAGUUUCCCACGGAUUCCCUGAACAUGUUGAUGACGUUUAUUCUUGCUGAAUCUUUCACGUCACUGUCCAAUGGAACAAUCUCCUGGGACUUUAUAAAAGAGCUGGCCAAGAUGUCUGAACGAUAUCUUAAUAUUUUCCCUUCGAAUGACAGGUUCUUUUUCAACCAUACAUAUAGACAUUUAAACUUAGAAAAUAUUUCUAGUCCUCAAAGUUGUGAUGAUGGGACAACUAAUAUGUCGAAUCCAUGUUUUGUUGGCAAUGUUAUGAACGUUGAAAUGUAUUCAUUUAUGGAAAUGUUCAUUAACGAUAGCUUCAUUCAAGAAACUUUAGCACAGAAAGAUAUUGUAAAGGACGUCUUAACCGACAUAUCUAGUACACUGCCAAUGCUUAAACUGCAACCAGAUAUUACGACACCAGAAAUAGAUAUGAUAGAGACAAAUCUUCUGCCGAGUAUGGAGUCUUUAAACAGACAAUCACGAUAUAUAUCGAGCUAUUUGACUGAAUUAAACACUUUGAUCUAUGGCACUGCUAGGAGUAAUUUUACCGUCUCAACACUGCAGCUGGUGGACAAGCAACUUGUAUAUCUCACAAAACGUACGACUGAAAUCAUGCAAUUGAACAUUUCGGAUAUGGUAAUAUGGGAAACCGAAGCAUGGAACCUCAUCAUCAAAUUGUAUGAAAGCAGUAAAUGCACUUCGUUUUCGGAGACGGUGACAGGGAAUGCUGAAGUGUUCACAGAUCCUGAUAACCGGAAAGCUGUAGGAUAUAUUGUCACAGUCAAGGGUUCUCUUCAUGGUUCAGAAAAUACAUAUCAACAAAGAAUCCAGGUCAUAUUUCCAAAUUCCAGCUCUUCCGGUUCCACCAGUGAUACAGUUCCGGAUAUCAACAUAAAGUGA